AUGAAGCUCUCUCUUCAAGAAAGAGAAGAAGCUAUCCGUGGGAAGCGGCUGUGCCUGAAGUGUUUAUCUCCUGGCCAUUAUGCAAGGGGUUGCUGGGCCAGGUGUUCAAAGUGUAAGGGUGGCCAUCACCAUGCUCUUAUAUGCCGUAGGUCCGAAGUGGUAAACCCCGUAGCAGCUAGUGAAAAAACCCCUGAAGGAGAAAAGGUGCAGGGGGAGAGUGAAUCUGUUACACAUGUGGGAGUAGCUCCUUGUGAGUCAAGGGCUAAGGCUAUUAAGAAGUGUUGUGUAUUACAAACAGCCAAGAUAAAGGUUGUAGGCUAUCAAGGUAUUAUUUCUGCCACUGUAAUGUUUGAUACAGGAUCGGAUCGAUCCUACAUUUCAAGAGACUUGGUAAAAAAGGUCAGGCCUAAGUGGUUGACCUCUGAGUAUUUAUCAUUUUCUGCCUUUGGUGGGGGUAAAGCCUCCAAGGCAGAUUUGUGUAGCAUUUAUGAGGUGAUGAGUUUGGGGGCAAAUAACCACAAAUAUAGCUUUAAGGUUGCUGAGAUUAAUGUAAUUUGUCCCCCUUUAUGUAGGACCAAGGUGGAUCCUAGGUGCUUAGAGCCUUUUCAACAUGUAAAUCUAGCAGAUGAGUAUGGAUCCAACCGAAAGAUACAGGUGGAUAUGUUGAUUGGGCUAGAUCUGUAUUGGAAACUGAUGAUUCCUAACAAGGUUAUAUGUCAUGAAGGGCUUGUAGCCCAAGAGUCUGUUUUUGGUUGGGUUUUGUCUGGAUCCUAUAAUAGGUCCGAAGAUAACUGUGGUGCAGGUGUGCAACUGUUAACAUUUUCUAAUUUUCAGGAGGAUAAUUUGACUGAAUUUUGGGAUUUAGAAUCUGUAGGCAUUCAAGCCCAGGAAACACGGUCUGGAGCUAUUAAGCCUGACCCUACCAUGGUGCAAUUUGAAAGGUUUGUAAGUUACAAGGAAGGCCGUUAUGAGGUGGCCCUUCCGUGGAAAUCAGGGUCUGUAAAGUUAGAGUUACUUAACAAUGAACACCACGCUUUGAGAAGAUUGGACAAUCUUAGUCGUAAGUUAGAUAGGGACCCUUGUCUGCAAGAACAAUAUUAUAAGGUGUUUGAAGAGUAUGAGAAAGAGGGCAUUAUAGAAGAGAUCCCACUCCAUCAGUUGGAGGGUGGGUACCCAGUGUUCUAUUUGCCACACAGACCUGUAGUGCGGGAGGCGAGUCUCUCCACAAAAAUCAGGCCUGUGUUUGAUGGGUCAGCUCGUGGCAGCAAUGGUAUAUCCCUUAAUGACUGUUUAGAAAGUGGUCCUUCCUUAAACCCUGAUUUAGUAGAGGUUUUACUGAGAUUCAGAAGGUGGAAGGUGGCCUUAACUGCUGAUAUUACAAAGGCUUUCCUUCAAAUACAGGUGAGAAGGGAGGACCGUGAUGUUCACAGGUUUUUGUUGAAGAAAAAUGACAUUGUAAAACAUUUUCGUUUUGUAAGAGUACCCUUUGGAAAUAAGAGUAGUCCCUUUUUGUUGAAUGCCACUUUGAAAUUUCAUUUAAAGAAAUACCCUCCCUCAGAGGUGGCUUCUGAAUUGCUUGAAAAUCUGUAUGUUGAUGAUUGGCUUUCUGGGGCUGAUAGCCCUGCUGAGGCCUGUGUAAGAUUUAAUGAAGCCUGUGAUAUGUUGAAGAAGGCUGAGUGUUCCUGGAGAGAUAUUCCUGCUAUUGAACUUCAUGCCUUUGGUGAUGCCUCGGAAAGGGGAUAUGGUGCUUGUGUGUAUGUGAGAGUGCCAGAAAGGGGUAAUUUCAAGGUAUCGCUGGUUGCUGCUAGAGGAGGUUUCAAUUCGAUGUUGGACGAUUCUACUGUUGCCCUAGCAUGGAUAAAGGGAGAACCAAAUAGAUGGAAAACUUUCAUUGCUAAUAGGGUCGUGGAAAUUCAAGCAUUGACCCCACCAUCUUGUUGGCAACAUUGUCCUGGCAAGGACAACCCUGCAGACCUGAUAUCGAGAGGUGUUUAUGCGGAGCAACUCACGCAGUCUGAGGUUUGGUUAGUGGGUCCUGCUUGGCUCCGCACCUCAUCUCACCCAUCUCAGGAAGGUAUGACAGAGGGAUUCCCCUUAGAAGAGCAAGGUGAAAUUGACACUGUUUGUGUUGCAGUUGAGUCAGAUCCGCCUUUGUUUGAGUUCUCCCGGUGGAGCUCCUUUCUGAAGGCGCUCAAUGUAGUAGGUUGGGUGUUAAGAUUUGUUGGUAACUGUAGAGCUUCAUCCCUUAAAGCUGGUGGCCCCUUGACUUAUGAAGAAUUGACAAAAGCAAAGGUAAAACUGCUUUACUAUGCUCAAAGAGAUGCCUUUGCUCGAGAAAUAAAUGCACUGGGUAAGUCUCAACCCCUCCCUAAGGGGUCACCCUUGGUCAAACUUGAUCCUUAUCUAGAUGAGGAAGGACUACUAAGAAUAAGUGGUCGCUUAGAGAAUGCAGAUUUGAUGAUUUUUGAGUAA